UCGCCUGCCCCACACCCUUCUUCUAAUUCCCUCAAUCCCCGCAUAAUUCAUCGCCCCUAAAUCCCAUAUAUAAGUUCAACCAUAGCAAACCAUAGAUUUUCGUACCUUUUUCUUCCUCUCUGCAUUGCAUCAGGAUCACUUCCAUGGCUAUGGCCGCUUCAAUUACGUUCAAGCAUCUCCCCUUCAUUUUUCUCAUCCUCUCCUCUGUUCAAAUCGAAGCCAGAGUCAAUAAAUUCUUCAGCAAAUUUAUCCACACUGAUCGCGAUGUUGUUCUUCCCGUAGCCUUUUCCCCGGCGCCGGUCUCUGUUCCGCCUGAGAUAUCUCCAUCUCUGGCGCCAACGCCAGCUCCCGCACCGUUUUUCGACGAAUCGCAGAAUGCUUACGGUCUGUACGGCAGUGAUGCAGACAACAGCGAAGGUAGCCGGACGAUCACCGACGUGGAAGAGGAGAUUCUCGCGGAGGACGGUGAGGACGAGGAGAGCCACAAAUCUGGCUAUCAGACGAAUUUACACACUGACAAUUUCGAAAGCCCUAAAAGAUCUGAGAGCAAUAACGACGGGAACAGUGGAUAUAGAAAUUCCGAGUACGAGAGCAACAAUGAUCACAGAAAUUCCGAGUACGAGAACAACAAUGAACACAGAAAUUCCGAGUACGAGAACAACAACGAAUACAGAAAUUCCGAGUACGAGAACAACAACGAACACAGAACUUCCGAGGACGAGAACAACAACGAACACAGAAAUUCCGAGUACGAGAACAAUAACGAACACAGAACUUCCGAGGACGAGAACAACAAUGAACACAGAAAUUCCGAGUACGAGAACAACAACGAACACAGAACUUCCGAGGACGAGAACAACAAUGAACACAGAAAUUCCGAGUACGAGAACAACAAUGAACACAAAAAUUCUGAGUACGAGAACAACAACGAACACAGAAAUUCCGAGUACGAGAACAACAAUGAGUACAGAAAUUCCGAGUACGAGAACAACAAUAAUGAAUACAGAAAUACCGAAUACAAGAGCGAUUUCGAGAACAAUGGCGUCAGAAAUUACCAGUACCAGAGCAAUGUCGAGGGCGAUGGCUACAGAAAGAGGCGAUACGAACCGACGGAGCAGCAAGGGAUGAGCGACACCAGAUUCAUGGAGAACGGAAGGUACUAUCACGAAAUUAACUCAGGAAUCGGAGAAGAAAACAAAUCGUACGGAAGUAAGAAGUAUCCGAACGAGUUCGAUUCCAUGGAGGAGUACGAGAAGAGUGAGGGAUUUCUUCCUUGAUGCACAGGGAGAAUUUUAGGGUUUAACUUAAACUUGAACCCCUGAAUUUAUGGAGGUUUUUUUAAAAUUAUUGUGUGUGUGAUUUUAGUGUUCAUCUUUUGAGUUGUGAUUGAUGUUCUUGGUGUUUGAAUGUUGUUUAACAUAUGAAAAAAGGUAUAGCAAUACUUGGAUGGCUAGCUGGGCUCCAACCAGCUUGGAUGAUAUUGGAAAAUUUUUGUGGAAAAAAAAAGUGUUAUUUUGGAUUAUGGA